UUCACUCAGAAUGAGAGUACAUUUAUUUACUUCACAAAAAUACAAACGCGCUUAUUAUAAUAUUUCUCAGAGCUUUCACUUUCUUCUCAUUUUUAAUUUCUCAAACAAAUAAUUCGUAGUGUUCUCUUUUUUGCUAUGGCUAUUAUAGCUGCUGCUUCUUCUUCACUACUUCCCUUUGCCUCUGAAGGGAUAUGUUACCCAAUAUCAUAUGGAAUAACUUGCAACUCAAUCAAAUCCCCUAUUGAUGGGCGAAGGGUGCAUGAUCUUACCGACACAAGAUGCAAAAAUUCAAUAUUUGGAUCGCCACGCUUCCUUUGGCUAUCCACGGGGCAUGAUUUCCUUUCAAAGAUUUGUGUUGCUGCUGACUAUUCAGAUUCUAUACCUGAUUCUUCUAGUUACAUGAGUAAACAGGGUUAUCAUCCUCUUGAAGAACUGAAAGUUUCCAAUGAUAUUCCACCAGCUAAACUCUCUAAUGCUCAAAUAGCAAGAACUGCUGUUGAGGCUAAUAAAAACGCUUUGCUAGUAUUUCCUGGAACGGUACACGCUGAACCACAUGAACAGAUUUCAUGGGCUGAGUUUCAAUAUCUUAUUGAUGGUGAUGGAGAUAUAUACUUUGAAAUAUUUGAUGAUGCAAACCUUUUGGAAGAUCGCGGGGCACAUAAUCCUGUGACUGCUUUGAUUGGAAUGGAUAUCCCAAUGUAUGACAAUAGAAGGAUUAUUAGUGAAUAUGACAUUUUCAAUGGUGGCAUUGGCUACACUGAUGAAUUCCCAUUUGAUGAUGAUUACAUUGAGGUUCCGGAAAUUGAAGAGUUUAAUACUCCUUUGAAUUGGGGACUGUCAGAUAAUAGUAGCUCACUUCAUCCAAUUUACUUUUCAAAGUGCUUGGAAAAGGCUAUUAACACGGAAUGUGAUAAAAGAGUGAAUCAUCCUUCAAAUGGUGUUUCUAUUCUAGGCUACCUUAGACCUGCUUAUGCUGAUGAAGAGUCCUAUAUAAGAAUGAUAUAUGACACUGAAGAUGGUGAUGGAUACAACUCAGAUUGGAAAGAUUUUUACUCAAAUAAUAAUAAUGAUCAAAGAGACACUAAUUUGAUACUCUAUCGGUUGGAGAUCGAGAAAAUCAAGCUACACUGUGUGUAUGGAUCUCAGUCUGAAAUUAAUUUUCAGGAGUUUCGACGUGCUGAACCUGAUACUCUUGUAUACUCUUCUUUGGAAAUUCUGGAACAUUUCAACCAAAACUGUCAUGAUGCACUUCGAGCUUUUUGCAAAAAGAAAGGUCUCAAUGUUGAGGGAGCACACUUGAUUGGGGUUGACUGCCUAGGCGUGGAUGUUAGAGUUUUUUCAGGGACAGAAGUAAAAACCCAUCGCUUUCCAUUCAAAGUCCGGGCCAAGUCAGAAUCUAUGGCUGAAAAGCAGAUUGUUCAACUUUUGUAUCCCCGGUCUUGGCGAAAAAAGCAUAUGCAGGCAUGGCGGAGUGCUCGAAAUCGAGCAUGAGUGGAGUAUCACUAUACAACUUUUUUUUGUACAUAAAAGUUUUAGUUUUGGCAAAGGGGAGGUUAGGGCAUUGCUACUCUACCGAAGGGGAUCAAUGGUCGAAAGUAUUUAACUUUGAGAGAUUUUUAUUGGAAUUAUAGAUUCUCCAUAGGCCCUUACAGAAAUUUUACUCGGAUUGAAAGAGGGUCAUUGCGGUUACCCUUUCCUCCUACUCUACUUUCUCAGAGAUCUGACAUGUCGAAGUGUUAACUUUUUGUCUUUGCUGAUGAUAAUAAAUGGUGUCGGUGUUAAUAGAUAGAACUGUUUUCUCAAGAUACCUUUGCAUAAGAUUUUUUUAGUAUGCAAUUAUUUUACAGUACUUAUUUGUAUGGUUUUGGGGUUUACAAUAAUUUAUACAACAUAUAAAAAUGUUGCCCCACACACAUUUUCAAUAUUAUCAAAGUACAUUUCUUUUUGGUAAUAAUAUUAUCAAGUACUCCUA